AUUCAGUUUAGUUAUUUGGUUCAGUCAGAAAGUCAAACCAUAAUUUCUAUAAAGCAAUGAAACUUUUCCUCAUCAUCGUAGUUUUUGUGACAAUUGCAAGUGCAAAAAUAUACAGUAAAUGCGAACUUGCUCGAGUAAUGGACAAGGCUGGAUUUCCUCGAUCAUCAUUACCUGAUUGGAUGUGCCUCGUAGAUUCUGAAAGUUCGUUUAAUACAAAAGCCAUAAAUCCAUACAACAGCGAUGGUUCAAGUGAUUGGGGAAUCUUUCAAAUUAAUGAUAGAUAUUGGUGCUAUCCAGGAACUGGAUGUAGUGUUGAUUGCAGUAAACUAUUGAAUGAUGACAUUCAAGCCUCAAUGAGAUGUGCAAAAAUAGUUUUCAACGAUCCAUACAGCAGAGGUUUUGAAGCCUGGAUGGGAUGGCAAAAGAAGUGCAAGGGAAAAUCACUGGAUAAUUACAGUGUCAAAGAAUGCUUUAAUGGCUUGAAUGAUGACUUUUAUUUCAUUUUUUACCGAAAAUUUUAUAAUAAGUAAGUGAUUGUUCACUUAGGGGCCGUUCACUUAUGACGUCCAGGGGGGGGGGGGGGGGGUCAGAAAGAAAAGAACUAUAGAAAUUCCUAGAAAUCUAUUGUUCUUUUUUUAAAAAUGACCGUUAAUUUGGGACUUCAUAAGUGAACGAUCUGGAACGAUCCUUUAUUACGAGAGAAGUUGGCUUUUCUGCGACUUUUAUUGUUCUUUUUUUUAAAUGAACGAUCCUUAAAUUAAGAUUUCCAUAGCCAAUUUAAUGAAAAGACACUGUAUAUGUACUUGUAUCCUGUGCGAAUAUAUUCUGAAAACCAAAACCUCUACUAUCAAAUUUUGUUAUUCUUUCUCCCUCGCUUGCUCAUUCUCUCCAUUCUCUCCAUUUCACUUUUUCCCCUAUUUUUUAUAACAACUAUGGAAUGUAUACAUUUUCUGCCAAAUACAUUCAAUUAAUAUUUGAUGUUAAAUUCAUAAACAAUUUGUUUAUCUUUCGGUUCAAUUAUUAUGAAUGGAUUGUAUUGAGACUUCACUCGCAGACAGUCUAAGUCUUGUAUGUGCUGUUUUUUUAGUCACAAGCAGUAAAAAAUGUCAGAACUACUGGUAAGAUGAGUAAUGACAGCGCAUAUAACAGGGAUGUAAAAAAAUCUAAGUUACCAUUUAAUUUAGAGCCAGAGGGGGGGGGGGGGGGGUUGGUGGCAGAUUUGGGUUUUUAUCAAAAAAUCCUGAAAAUUCCCCCCUUCUUUUAAAUUUCUGGCUAAAUCCUUAAUUUAACUUGUCAAAAUCCCUAACAGCCUAAAAUAUAAGUUUGGUCAAAAUGUCAAAAAAACUCAUCCAAAUACUUCACUUAAAACUACGCUUCCCAAAACCUUAAAAACUGUUUAUUUAAUAUCUUACUAAAAUAAUGGCAAAAGAUUAUAUGAAAUCUAUUAAACUGCUUUUGUUGCUUACAAAUGGAUACUUUUCAGGUAGGGAUUAAAAUUUUCUAUGUGCUUAUUUAACAGAGAAAUCCAUAAUGAAUGUGUGAGGUAAAAUAAAUAAUUUUUGUGGCAAAACUUUUUCUUGCAAAUUUUUUAUUUUUGUUACUUUAAAAAUUUUAAUGGAUUUUUCAGGGAAUGGAACUUGUGUGAGGAUGAUUUGUUGACUUAAGGGAUAAUUUUGUGGAAAUAAAUUUUAAUGAGAAAAAAUUGUGGAUUAAAGAUAAAUUUUAAUUGCUAAAUUCUGCUUAACUUGCAGACCAUAUUUUACCUGACUUGACCAUCCAAUUCUGUUUGUGUUCAAUAAAUUGCACAACUUGCAAAACAACUCAUCUCACACAAAAUGCGGUUUGAAUGAAUAAAAAUUAUUACGAGCUACUGUUGGAAGUAGAAAUGCCUUUUGUAUUCAAAUAAGAUAAAGCAAAAAAAAAUAACCAAUUUCCAUAAAAAGCGACUUCACAUUACACCUUGACAGAUCAAUCAUUCAAGCUUAGAUCGAGAAGUGUGUGUUUGACAUUAUGUUGUGAAUUUUUUGCCAUUGAUAUGCUUCGGUUCUAUUCAUGCAAUUGAAUCAGGUUCAACCAGGGGUUCAACAAUUACUUUGACUUGAUUUUUUUUUCAAUUAAAUGCAAAGAAGAGGUUGAAUGAGUUUAAAAAACUGUGUAGAAGUUGGUGCAAGUGCCCUUAUUUGAACUGUCUGGAUGGUUUAAUUUAAAGUAACAUUUUUGUCACAAGAAGAACUGGGAUUUAGACAUUUUAUUCCUAUAAAGUAGUAAAAUUAAUAAUAAAAGAAUUUAAACAUUUUCGCAAAACACAAAGAGUAAAGCUAUAUUAGUGAUUGAUAAGAUUGCUGUAAUUCGCUACGUUGUGACAUACGUCAUGGAUAUCAUUCAUUGCUUCAAUGAUUUUAACGCUGUUUGUAAUGUUCUUUAUUGAGCAUUGUAGCAAUUCGCAUUUUCUUUACAUAUCUCCUCAAUGUAGUCAAAUUGCAAACCGUCUUCACACCUGAGAAGGUGAGCGA